AAGAGCAGCAAGAUAUCCUGUUCUGGCCACAAGCGUCUGCUCGGGACACGCUUCAGCUCUCUGUUGUCCCCUGCCCCCAGGGGGCUCCUGGACCUUUGGGAUUCCUGUCACGUUCAUUCCAGGGCCUGCGAGGACAUAGAGGCACCCAGCAGUGGGGACGCCAGCCUUCCUAGAACAGCCGGCCUGUCCCGAGGCAGCCAGGGCUGCUGCUUGGCUGGUCAGCAAAUUGGCCUCUUGGACAGGCCAGACCUUCUUGGACCCAGAAAGGGCGGUGGAAAUGGGACCGGAGGCAUCUUUGGCCCUGCUGAGAGGCAGCUCGUGCCCAUUUUCUAUCUGCCCCUCUUCCUGUUGGUACAGAAUUUUCUCCAUUCCUCAAGUCCUCGGUGUGAGGAGCUGAACAUGACCCAGGACAAGGCACUGCCGGACUCCCGUUCCGCACAGGGUUUCUAUGAGAACUACGAGCCCAAGGAGAUCCUGGGCAGGGGAAUAAGCAGCGUUGUCAGGCGCUGCAUCCACAAGCCCACACGCCAGGAGUACGCCGUGAAGAUCAUCGACGUCACGGGUGGAGGCAGCUUCAGCUCCGAGGAGGUGCAGGAGCUGCGAGAGGCCACGCAGAAGGAGGUGGACAUCCUGCACAAGGUCUCAGGACACCCCAACAUCAUACAGCUGAAGGACACUUAUGAGACCAACACUUUCUUCUUCUUGGUGUUUGAUCUGAUGAAGAGAGGGGAGCUCUUUGAUUACCUCACUGAGAAGGUCACCCUGAGUGAGAAGGAAACCAGAAAGAUCAUGAGAGCCCUGCUAGAGGUGAUCUUCACCUUGCACAAACUCAACAUCGUGCAUCGGGAUCUGAAACCUGAGAACAUCCUCUUGGAUGAUGACAUGAACAUCAAGCUCACAGACUUUGGCUUUUCCUGCCAGCUGGAGCCAGAAGAGAAGCUGCGAGAGGUCUGUGGGACGCCCAGUUACCUGGCCCCUGAGAUCAUUGAGUGCUCCAUGGAUGAUGAUCACCCUGGCUAUGGGAAGGAGGUGGACAUGUGGAGCACAGGGGUCAUCAUGUACACCCUGCUGGCCGGCUCCCCACCCUUCUGGCACCGCAAGCAGAUGCUGAUGUUGAGGAUGAUCAUGAGUGGCAGCUACCAGUUUGGCUCACCAGAAUGGGAUGAUUACUCGGACACUGUGAAGGACUUGGUCUCCCGCUUCUUGGUGGUGAGCCCCAAAGGCCGCUGUUCGGCAGAAGAGGCCUUAGCGCAUCCCUUCUUCCAGCAGUACACGGUGGAGGAAGUGCGUCACUUCAGCCCCCGGGGGAAGUUCAAGGUGAUCGCCCUGACGGUGCUGGCUUCCGUGCGGAUCUACUACCAGUACCGCCGGGUGAAGCCCGUGACCCGGGAGAUCGUCAUCCGAGACCCCUAUGCCCUCCGGCCCCUGCGGCGACUCAUCGACGCCUACGCUUUCCGGAUCUAUGGCCACUGGGUGAAGAAGGGGCAGCAGCAGAACCGGGCGGCGCUCUUCGAGAACACACCCAAGGCUGUGCUCCUGUCCCUGGCUGAGGAGGGCUACUGACGGGCAGGCCGGCAGGGCAGGUGGGACGGGGGUCAGGCCGGGAGGAGAAGCCACUGAUAUGGAGGGCACAGGAGUGAGAGCGUGUGCAGGCCUCUGUCCAGAGGGGGCACUUGGCCCCGGCCCGGACCCCAGGCGCUGGGGCCACUCUCCCGUCUUGGAGGCGUCACGCGGUGGUCAGUGCAGUUGGAGCCAGGCCCACGGGGUGGGGGACCAGCUGUGGCCCAGAACCAGGAGCACGCUGCCUCUCCAUGGCCCAGCUAUACCACCAUGUCCGCUUGUCCUCACGGGAGGCCCACAGUUACUGACACUCGGUGCACCGCCUUUAGGGUCCCAGGGUGAGGAUGAAAGAGAACAGUCUGAGAAUCGCAAUCACAGGAGAUUUUACUGACCUCACAAAGUCCAGUGACACCACGGGAGCAGGUUCUUCUCUGGGGCCAUGUUUUUAGAGGCAUAGGGCAGCCCUUACAUAACUAUUAAUAGAAAGGGAAGCUUC